AUCAGAAUCAUGUGUAUCAUGCCUGCCCAGGAUGCACAUGCGCCCAUAGUCAUCCAUGUGGCGCAUUGUCCGAUUGACACUGACGAACACUAUAUCGCACUAUCUUACUGUUGGGGCGUGGAUGAUACUCAAGAGCAAAUUGUAAUGGCAGGGCAAAAGAUGACAGUCCGCAGGAACCUCGCCGAAGCUAUUCGUGUAAUAAGAAGCCAUAACAUCAUCGUACCAGUGUGGAUAGAUGCUCUAUCGAUCAACCAAAAAGACUUGGUUGAGCGCGCUCGGCAAGUGCCGCGCAUGGGGGAAAUAUAUGACUUUGCCACUGCAGUCUUCUCAUAUAUCGGAAAUCCCACCGGAGAGAGC